GAACUGAAGAAGUGCUUCAGUCGUUGGCUCUGAUCCCAAGCGUGAGUUGAGUAAUCAGUGAUGACGAGCUUCGUAUCAGAACUCCUUUGUCCUCUCUUCAUCUUCUUCUCUAUCAUUCAAUCUUCACUCUCUCAAUCUAACCAGUACUGUGAUGCUGGAUUUGAAUAUGAGAGUGGCUCCACCACCGCGUGUGGAAGUGGAACCGCACCGUCGAAGUUGUUAAUAAAGGGAGGCACUGUGGUCAACGCUCAUCACCAGCAACUUGCUGAUGUUUAUGUUGAAGACGGUAUCAUUGUUGCUGUCGAACCUUCUAUCACUCAGGUUGGGGAUGAUGUGAAAGUGAUCGAUGCCACUGGGAAGUAUGUCAUGCCAGGAGGCAUUGAUCCUCACACACACCUAGAUAUGAGUUUUAUGAGUAGUGGAACAAUAGACGACUUCUUCAGUGGUCAUGCUGCAGCAUUAGCCGGUGGGACAACUAUGCACAUCGACUUUGUUAUACCAGUGGAUGGUAGUUUAACGGCUGGGUAUGAAGCCUAUGAAAGGAAGGCAAAGAAGGCUUGCAUGGAUUAUGGUUUCCAUAUGGCUAUUACCAAAUGGAAUGAUGAUGUUUCAAGAGAAAUGGAGAUCAUGGUCAAGGAGAAAGGUAUCAACUCGUUCAAGUUUUUUAUGGCAUACAAAGGAGCUCUUAUGGUCAAUGAUGAGCUUCUUCUGGAAGGAUUUAAGAGAUGCAAGUCACUCGGUGCCUUAGCUAUGGUCCAUGCAGAAAAUGGAGAUGCUGUGGAUGAAGGCCAAAAAAGAAUGAUAGAACUUGGAAUAACUGGUCCUGAGGGGCACGCCCUUUCAAGGCCUGCAGUGUUGGAAGGAGAAGCAACUGCACGCGCUAUUCGCUUAGCAAAUUUUGUGAACACCCCGUUAUAUGUGGUUCAUGUGAUGAGCAUUGAUGCAAUGGAAGAAAUUGCAAAGGCCCGAAAGUCAGGACAAAGGGUUAUCGGAGAACCUGUUGUCUCUGGAUUAGUCCUUGAUGAAUCGUGGCUUUGGCAUCCCGACUUUAAGACUGCAGCAUCGUAUGUUAUGAGUCCCCCAAUUAGAAGUAAAGGACAUGAUAAGGAACUUCAAGCUGCCCUUGCAACCGGAGUUUUGCAGUUGGUAGGAACUGACCAUUGUGCCUUUAAUUCCACCCAAAAAGCUUUAGGAAUUGACGACUUCCGGAAAAUUCCCAAUGGUGUCAAUGGUAUUGAAGAAAGGAUGCAUUUGGUAUGGGAUACUAUGGUGGAAUCUGGCCAAAUAUCAGUCACUGACUAUGUCCGGGUGACAAGCACCGAAUGUGCUAGAAUAUUCAAUAUAUAUCCAAGGAAAGGAGCAAUUCUUCCAGGAUCUGAUGCAGAUAUCAUAAUCCUCAAUCCAAAUUCAAGCUUUGAGAUAUCAACAAAGUCACACCACUCCAGACUUGACACGAAUGUGUACGAUGGAAAGAAAGGAAAGGGGAAAGUUGAAGUGACCAUAUCUAGAGGGAGAGUUGUAUGGGAAAAUAAUGAACUGAAGGUUACUCCGGGUACUGGCAGAUACAUACCAAUGCAACCUUAUAGCUAUGUCUUUGAUGGAUUGGACAAGAAAGAUGCCACAUAUCUAAGUUCCCUUAAAGCACCAGUAAAAAGAGCCAAAUCUUCCUCUUAAAACAUUCAGCUAUCCUUUUCAGUUUAAAAAUAAAGAAAAAUAUUACAUGUUCUUGUACAUGAAUUUAGAAAGCAUUACAUGUAUAUAAGUAUGUAUGCUUCAUGUUCUUCUUUUCCACUGAUAUAAUGUACAUUUUUGCUUACA